AUGUACUUUUUUCGAGUGUUACAUGAACAUUGCUACAUUCAGCCUUGUACAUUUUUCCCUAUUAUUCUUGAACAUGAAAAGUUUUUAUGGUAUCGACAAUUUUUGAAAUGUAUGGUGUUUGAUCUGGAAUCUGUAGGGCUGGGUAGUGACUCAGACUUCGUUCAAGCUGGUGUGCAAACUGUGCUUGAUAUUGGCUGUGGUUUUGGAAGCUUCGGGGCCCAUUUGGUCUCACUAAAAUUGAUGCCUAUUUGUGUUGCUGCAUAUGAGGUGACUGGAAGCCAAGUUCAAUUGGCCCUUGAAAGAGGUCUUCCUGCAAUGCUUGGCAAUUUUAGUUCUAGGCAACUUCCAUAUCCGUCAUUGUCGUUUGACAUGGUUCACUGCGCUCAAUGUGGUAUUGAUUGGGAUGGAAAAGGGAAGAGUUUUCACAAAUAUACGAAGUAGUACGGAAGCUGCUUGGGCUAUUGACGAAUUUGGGUUGUAUCUUCAUCCUCAGACUAUUUAUUGGCAGGUUGAAGUUGUAGAUUAGGAGAACAUAUUCAUUGCAGAUGAAGACUGCAAAUUUUUUGGCCAGGCAUUUGUUGCAAUUCAUUCUUUUUUUCAUUUGUUGCAAUUUUUUGAUCAAUUACAAGCACUCUCCUAAACUUGGGACUUGGUAGACUUGAGACUUAACAUGGAACUAAUAUAUUCUAGCACAACAUUACCUUUUUAUUUUUCAUCUUUCAGUAACUGAAACCAAGAACAAGUUAUCAGGCAGUAAUAAAUGGCAGUAUUGGAUAUGAAUUUCAUAUGUAA